ACAUGAUACAUGUGUUUUUUUAAAUAACAACAGUAUGUUGUAAACCACAAAGCUUUAAUUUCAUUCACAAAAAAACUAAACAACCUAAAAAUCUACCUUUUACAUAUAGUGUGUAAAAAAAACAACAGCACUGAUGUAUUCAUUAGGUUGUUUAUUUCUUUUUAUAGUUACUGUCUGAAAAGGCUAUAUGUAUAUCUAAAUAUUUAAAUUAUCUACUAUAUUUGUUCAUAUUAACCCUUAUACUGUAUUAGGGUCAAAUUUGACACCCCUAAAAAUGGGCUCUAUUUUUUUUUUUUUUUUCAAUUUUUAUUUUUUUAUUUAUUUUUUUGAUGAAAACGAGUGGUGUAUUCAAAGAUAAAAUGUCUACUGAGCCAAAAAAUAAAAUUAAAUGCAACGCUUACAUGGAUAUAAGUGUAUAACAAGUUAGAUAUGUGGUGGAAAACAAUACAGGACGAUAAACUAAACUAACUAAUCAUUUUUUAUUAUUAUUAUUAUUUGACGAUUUUGGACUGGAUUAAGUCAAGGGUCAAUUUUGACCCGCUAACACAAAAGGCGUGGGCAGCUUUCUAACACAUUAUAAGGGUUAAAUAAACAAAAUAAACCGUCCAGUCUUACACUGUUUCACUGGAGGGCGCUAAUACAAAGCACCAGGUGGUCUGUGACCAACUUGAGGAGGAGGAGGAGGCCAUUCACUAGCCUGUUUUAGCUACUGUUAGCUAGCCGGCGGCUAACGAGCAAGCUAAAACACCCGUUUGUCUUGAUGUCGUCUGUCUUACCAAGUGAUGGCAAGAGAACAUUGUUCACGGACAGAAGCUGAACUGUAUUACCUCAUUGCCAGAUUUCUUCAGUCUGGACCUUGUAAAAAAUCAGCACAGGUUCUGAUCGAGGAGCUGGAGGAGUAUGAGUUGGUCCCGCAACGAUGGAGUUGGGACGGGAAGAAAUACAAACGGACUUUCCAGGACUGGGUGAUUUUGAACCAACACAUUCCUGCGGACUAUCUGCUCCGUGUGUGUCAGCGGAUCGGUCCCCUUAUAGAGAAGGAGAUCCCACCUAGUGUUCCUGGAGUCCAGACGCUGCUGGGACUGGGAAGACAGUCUCUACUUCGCACCACCAAAAGUUGUGGUCACAAAGUAUGCAGUGGCUCAGCUGUUGCUGCGCUCCACCGAGGUCGUCCCCCAGAACCUCCGGUCAACAAUGGAUGUCCUCCAAAUAUUGUGCCCAUCGUUGGGGCCCGCCAGGCCACAGGCACAACUCGUUUUGGCCAGGUCCUGCCGUCUUCAUCCUACCAACACAUGAAGAUACACAAGCGAAUCCUUGGCCACCUUUCUGCAGUCUACUGUGUAGCCUUCGACCGCACCGGCCGUCGGAUAUUUACGGGUUCUGAUGACUGUCUGGUGAAAAUCUGGGCCACGGAUGAUGGCCGGCUCCUGGCAACACUCCGCGGCCACUCAGCAGAGAUCUGUGACAUGGCUGUCAAUCACGAGAACAGCCUCAUUGCCUCGGCCAGCUGUGACAAAAUCAUUAGAGUCUGGUGCCUACGGACUUGUGCACCUAUCACUAUUCUGCAGGCCCAUGCUGCCUCCAUCACAUCCAUACAGUUUUGUCCUGCUGUCAAAGGGACAACGCGAUAUCUGGCCUCAACAGGUGCUGACGGCAUGGUGUGUUUCUGGAAGUGGCACUCUCUCAGCAUGAAAUUCAAUGAUCAGCCAGUCAAGUUUGUUGAGCGUUCGCGACCAGGAGUACAAGUGUCCACUUCUUCUUUCAGUAGUGGUGGCAUGUUCAUGGCUACUGGUGGCACAGAUCACAUGAUCAGGGUGUAUUACCUUGGUGCUGAAACGCCAAUGAAGGUCUCUGAAAUGGACGCUCACACUGAUAAAGUUGUUGUCGUCCAGUUUAGCAAUAACAGUGACAGCCUAAGGUUUGUGAGUGGCAGUCGUGACGGCACAGCCAGGAUUUGGCAUUACCAGCAACAAGAAUGGAAGAGUGUCACGUUAGACAUGGCUGUAAGGCUGCCAGGGAGCACUGCUGCCAACGGGGAUGAUAAAGUCAAGCUGGUGGUGACCAUGGUGGCCUGGGACCGCACAGAUGCCACCGUCAUCACAGCCGUGUCAAACUACCUGCUGAAAGUGUGGAGUGCAACAUCUGGACAGCUGCUGCAUGUUUUGUCGGGUCAUGAUGACGAGGUAUUCGUGAUGGAGGCUCACCCAUUCGACUCUCGUAUCAUGCUGUCUGCUGGCCACGAUGGCAACAUUUUCAUCUGGGACCUCAGCAAAGGAACCAAGAUCCGCAAUUUCUUCAACAUGAUCGAGGGCCAAGGUCACGGUGCUAUUUUUGACUGCAAGUUCUCAAGUGAUGGGCAGCAUUUUGCCUGCACUGACUCACAUGGCCACUUGCUGAUCUUUGGUUUCGGCUGCAGCAGACCAUACGAGAAGAUCCCUGACCAGAUGUUCUUCCACACCGACUACCGACCUCUUAUACGUGACUCUAAUAACUACGUUCUGGACGAGCAGACACAACAAGCCCCUCACCUCAUGCCUCCACCUUUCCUGGUGGACGUCGAUGGAAAUCCUCAUCCUCCUCACUACCAACGCCUGGUGCCAGGAAGAGAAAACUGCAAGGAGGAUCAGCUUAUACCUCAGCUAGGAUACAUGGCCAACAGUGAUGGAGAGCUGGUUGAGCAGGUACUUGGCCAACAAACGGCUGAAAAUGAAGAAAACCUGUUGGACAGUCUCAUCAGACAGUUGCAGAAUGAGCAGGAUGAGCGUCAGAACGUAGAACAGCAGGCUGAAGGGGAAGAGGCUGGUGAUGGAGCAGAGGCGAUGGACUCCUCUCCAACCAAUGGACCUCGCAGAAGUGGGCAGGUUGAUGGGGUGUGGCAGAUGCAGCAUAAUGCCCUUCGCAGUCAAGUAGCCACAGAGAGGGAUCUGCUGGCCUGGAGCCGUAGAGUGGUGGUCAAUGAAGUACCGCAAGGAGUAUUCAGAGUAUCGGAGGAGAACAGACAAGCUAAAGGAAACAUGGAAUGUUCUCUAUACAACGUGGAGAGGAGGAAGAAACCAGUAACCUGCACACCCAAGAGCGAUCAGCUUACUUCUCGCCUGCGCUCCCUGCGUCCGACCAAGAAGAAGCAGCAGCACCACACCUAUCAAACCCGCUCAGCUCAAGUCCGCCGUCCUGGUAGCAGAAGUCGACAUUCCAGCAACCGAAGGAACUCUGACAGCCAGAUAGACUCUGACAGUGACAGAGAGGCGGCAGAACAGGCGGAGCAAACCGAUGCCUCCUCUGACGGUGAAACCCAGUGGCAAGAUGAAAGCAGCUCCAGUGACUCCUCCAGUGAAUACUCUGAUUGGACAGCUGAUGCAGGCAUCAACCUUCAGCCACCAAAGAGACCUACCAGGAGGCCCGUACAGCCUGCAGGUUACAGCAGCUCUGAGGAGGAAGAAGGCGGUGACGAGGCCAAGGAGGCAAAAAAGAAGGAAGAUGAGAAGAAGAAGAAGCCCAAGGAGACAAAACAGAAACCCACAUCUUCCCUGGGUGGACUUGAUGCUGAGGAGUAUUUGCCGCCGUCAUGGAUAAUGGAAACGAUCCCACGCCGCUCUCCUUUUGUUCCACAAAUGGGAGAUGAGCUCAUCUACUUCAAACAGGGCCAUCAGGCCUACGUCCGGGCUGUACGCAGGGCCAAAGCCUACAGCAUCAACCCUCAGAAACAACCGUGGAACAGACUCAACCUCAGGGACCAGGAAUCUGUGAAAGUGGUUGGAAUCAAGUACGAAGUGGGACCCCCCACACUCUGCUGCCUAAAGCUGGCUUUCUUGGACCCAGUCUCAGGGAAGAUGACCAACGAAUCUUUCUCCUUAAAGUAUCACGACAUGCCGGAUGUCAUAGACUUUCUGGUUCUGCAGCAGUUUUACCAAGAGGCAAGAGAGCACAACUGGCAGCCAGGUAUGAGGUUCCGCAGCAUCAUUGAUGACGCCUGGUGGUUUGGAUCUGUGGAGGAUCAGGAGCCGCUGCAGCUGGAGUAUCCAGACAGCCUGUUUCAGUGCUACGCAGUGAAGUGGGAUAAUGGUGAGCAGGAGAAAAUGAGUCCCUGGGACAUGGAGCCUAUUCCUGAGGAAGCUGCGUUGCCCGAGCACGUUGGCGAUGGGGUGGAGGUGGCAGAAGAGGAGAUGAAAGCUCUGCUCUACAGGCCUCAGGAGGGAGAAUGGGGGGCUCACACACGGGAUGAAGAAUGUGAGAGGGUCAUCCAUGGCAUUGACCUGCUCCUGACACUGGAUGUAGCCAAGGCGUUUGCAUUACCGGUGAAUUUGCAGGACUACCCUCUGUACUGCACUGCAGUGGCUUACCCCACCGACCUCAGCACUAUCCGCAAACGACUGGAGAAUCACUUCUACAGGCGGAUCUCUGCAUUAAUGUGGGAGGUGCGUUACAUUGAACACAAUGCACGCACUUUCAACGAACCCCAAAGCCCUAUUGUAGCAUCUGCCAAGGUGGUUACUGACGUUCUCCUCCAUUACAUUGGAGAUCAGAGCUGCACUGACAUCUUGGAUCUGUAUCACAAACUGAAAUCUGAAGUCAGCAGUGGAGAAGAAGCAGAGGUUGACUUGGAUGUGGACUCGGACAGUCCAGGCACAUCUACAGGCCAUCGGGGAGCCAACUCGAGUUCUAAGAAGCGUGGUGUUGUUCUGGAUGUAAAAGCGUGGCGAGGUCAGUGUCGAGAGCUCCUGCGACGAAUGAUAGUGUCCCCGGAUUCCGAACCAUUCAGACAGCCUGUGGAUCUCUUCGAGUAUCCGGACUAUCGAGACAUCAUUGACACUCCAAUGGAUCUCGGUACAGUAUCAGAGACACUGGCAGUAGGAAACUAUGAAAAUCCAAUGGAGUUUGCCAAAGACGUCCGCCUCAUUUUCAGCAAUUCUAAAGCAUACACACCAAACAAGAAAUCACAGAUCUAUACCAUGACCCUCAGCUUGUCGGCCUUCUUUGAAAAACACAUCAUCUCUAUCAUAUCUGACCACAAGUCUGCCAUUCAGAACGAACGGCGGUCUCGUCAGAGACUCAGUUACAGAAGCAGAUUGCACAAUGGAGGCAGUUCUCCGCCUAAUAGUCCCUCUCCCAGCCCUAAAGGGAAGCACAAGUCAGGGAAGGUGUCAAAGCCAAAAAAGUCCCAGACCUCGUCGAGGAAUCGUUCUCAGAGACAAAGUCAAGCUCAGCAAAGCAGCAGUGUAGCAGAGGAAGAGGACAUGCAGGAUUCUUCCCCAAGUUCAGGGAGAAGCAGCAGGAGCAGAAGUCAAGGGCCACACCUGGUGACCCGCAGCCAAGCAACUCCGGUGAAGAAGUCAGGGCGCCAGCGUAACUUGCAUCUAAGUAAUGGCUCCAGACAGCGCCAUGGGAGGGAAGCGCCGCAGUCGGACAAUGACAGGGAGGCAUCCAGAUCCAACAGCUCCUCAUCCUCCUCCUCUUCAUCAUCCUCCUCGUCCUCCUCGUCAUCGGACAGCGAGAACAGUUCUGAUUCUGAGAUGGAGAAGUAUGUGGAAGGAGGAGAUCACGACUACUACAGCAAAGCCCCCUCCCUGUCAGCACGCCUCUCUGCCAAGGGUCAGGUGGCAGCCUCAGGGAAAAGGAGACACAAAGGAGGAGAGGACAUGGCACAGAUGGCUAAAAGGGCACGAGUGCAGCUGCCAGUAAAGGUGGAGGAAGAAGAAGAAGAAGAAGAGGAAGAUGAGGAAGAGGGGGAGGCUGAGGAAGAAGAAGAAGAAGAAGAUGAGGCGGAGGAGGAGGAUGAAGACGAAGAGGCGGAAGAGGAGGAGGAGGAAGAAGAGGCAGAGGAGGAGGCGCCAGAGCAGCAACAACAGGGUGAUGUAAAACAUGAAGAGGAAGAUGGAGAGGAGGAGGAAGAUGAAGAAGAGGAGGAGGAGGAGGAGCCUGAUGAAGAGGAGGAACCUGAGGAGCAGGAGGAGGAGGAGGAGGAUGAUGAGGUGCAGAGACAGGCAGCAGCAGCUAACAGUCAGAGAGGCAGCCAGUGCAAGUCUCGACGUGUCAACACGCGCAACCAGGGCCGAAGGACAGUUCUGUACAGGGACGACUCAGAGGAUGAUGGCCAUGGGUCAAAGGACGACCCCCUCAACCUCGGCAUGUCCCGCUCAGGACGGGUACGCCGUAUGACUGAGAAAGCCCGUGUCAGCCACCUCAUGGGCUGGAGCCACUGACACGCCGCCCCUUUCCAAACCUCAAUUAAAAACUGAGAAAUGAGAAACACAUCAGGGAUUUUUUUUUCUUUCUUUUUUGUACAAGUUUGUGUAUAUAAUAUAUAUAUUAUUUUCUUUUUAUCUGAGACCGCUUAUGACUCUCAAACUACAGCUGGUGCUUGUGAAAUGUUGCCACGGAUUUUUGGUCCCUGGUCGACAGAGCUACUGUUCAACAUGGACCCUCUCCGGCUGGACUAACUCACCUCGGCCUUACUGCUCGCUGGGAGAGCCUUUACUACACUGCACCCACUCUUCUCCUCUUCAUCCUGCGUGUUUCACCUCUCUGAAACAACAUGUCCACUCCUCUUCCCUUCCUCCCCGACUUUUCGUCCUCCCGGUCACCAAAGAAGGAUGCGGAGAUGCCAAAAAUGGUGCUCAUAUUUCUCUCUUUUGAUUUUUCAGCAGAACUCGUGCUAGUGGUCACUGUUUCCGUUACGACCACUGUGAGACGUGUGGGGUCACUCUGGGUAUCUGAUAGUGAGAGCUCACAUCAUUUGAAUUUGUCCUGUGUAGUCUGGGGACAAGCAAUACUGGCGGCACCAUUGUAAUAUCUCUCCUCAUGUCCUUUGGCCUGUGAAUGUUAAAUGUUUUUUCCCCCGCUUCCUUUUUCUGCUGUUGACUGUUUUUCUCUGGAUCUUCAAUUCUUGUAUUUAGGUAGAACUGGGUGCUUUAAAAACAAAGAAAGUGAUUUAUCUUUUCUUUCUUUGGGUAAGGAAGCCACUGCAUCCUGUUUGCAUUUGUACUGUUGGAUCAGAACACCUUGUCCACCCAAGCGUAUGCAAAAGCAAAAGGGUCCUUGGCCGAAUCUCUUCCACAGAUAUUUAUUUUUCCAUUGUAUUAUACUUGGGUUACUAUUUGGUUUUGUUAGUAGUGAUGAGGAAAAGGAAAUAUUUGCACAUUUACCUACUCCAUGUGGCAGCUGAGUAACAUAGAGAUAUUUGAGGAAAAGACCUCUCAUGAAUUUUGUGUAAGAAUGUUUGAACUGUGCCAGCACACUCUCCAUUUUUAAGUUGAAUAGGAUAGAAGUAGAACCGCCUGUGCAUGAUUAAGCUGAAGGUCCCGUCGGGUAGGCUUUCUCCUGGUUUAAAUCAAAAGUAGCAGUCGCAGAUCAGCGCUUUGUUGGUGUGUUCCCGGCCCCUCCCCCCCAUGUGUGACUCUGACCGGUCGGAAAUCUAAAUACGAGGCGUCUCUCCUGCAGAACGAGGUGCAUUCUUUUUCUGUCACACUAAUAAUGUUUACUUUGUGCAGUCGUGCAGACGUUGCGCUAAAUCAUUUGAGGCAGCGUCCAGUCGGUACAAAAUUUGACUCGCCUUCUCAUAUCUACACUGGGUGCUCGAAUCCAAACACACCUCCUCUUCCCUCCGUGUGGUCGCUGACAUGACAGGGAGAGCAGUCUCUGAGGUUAUUUUAGUGUCACCUUCUCAGAGAACAAACACACACUUCGGCAUAUCUUACAUGUCCAAGCAGCAGCAGCAUUAACUGGUGUGUUGAAAUGAUUCUAGCUGAGUGUGAGAGGACUAUGAUUCUUAUUUUGGAAUCUUAUUUUCACAUAGUAGAUGGCGCUUAGUCUCGACUCGAAGCAUCAGACUAGUAAACAACAAUUCUACUGUAGGUGGAAUAAGAUUACAUGACUGUCUUUUAUACAUGAUGAUUUGAUUGUAUGCAUUUUCUUUUUUUAAUAAAAUAAAAAGAGUUUCUCUUGA